UUCCUGAAGGGUUUGGUCCUGAAAUCCGGAAGUUGCGUUUCCAGGGAAAGGUCCACAAACUCUUAAAGUCACUUUCUGAAACCUGCCUCAGGCCAGUCUGAGGUAGCUCGAUCCGGACCCUGCGGCCAGAGUGUCCCCGGCCAUUGGGUGGCCGCUGGCAGAGGAGGCGAACAUUCUCGGUUCCGGAACGAAAGCAGCGCAUGCAGGCUUUUUCCGCGGAACCCGAGGCCGCUACACCGCUCGCCCCGCCCCCCGCUCGGCCACGUCUGAGUAUCCGGGCGGCCUCCGGGGCUGCCGCAGCGGCAGGGUGUCAUGAUAUUAGCUGGUUUGACCUCAAGCCAUUUGUGAGUCAGUAGAUCUUCUGAAAAUGGGAGGCACAGUGGGGCCCCUCCCAGGAGCUCUUGGCUGGUGCUGAUGGCAGAAACCAAGCUUGCCUCAGGUUCCCUUGCAGCCCUGCAGUGUCUGCUUAGCCGGUGUUGUCCUGACCAUGGAUGGCGCGUCGGCCGAGCAAGAUGGCCUCCAGGAGGACAGAUCCCACAGUGGCUCCUCAGGUCUCCCCGAGGCUCACCAGAAGUCCCCGGGCCCACUAGUGCCACCUGACCAGCAAGACAAAGCCCAGCGUGCCGAGGUAAACAGAGCUUCCACGGAAGGAGAAAGCCUGGAUGGAGCUGGCCAGGGAGGCCUCUGUCAGAACGGGCCAAUACCACAGUUCCCAGACCCUCCAUUGUCUCUGGGUCCCGUCACAAGCCCAGUGAGCCCUGAUGCCUCUCCAGGUGUGGCUGGUUUCCAUGACAACCUAAGGAAGUCUCAGGGAACUAGUGCUGAGGGCAGUGUUAGAAAAGAAGCUUUGCAGUCUCUCAGACUCAGUCUUCCUAUGCAAGAAACGCAACUGUGCUCUACAGAGUCUUCCCUGCCCCUGGAGAAGGAGGAGCAGGUCCGACUUCAGGCUCGGAAGCGGCUGGAAGAACAGCUCAAGCAGUACAGGGUGAAGCGCCAGCAAGAGAGAUCCAGCCAACCUGCAGCCAAAACGAGACUUUCUAGCACGCUUGAUCCUGAGCUCAUGUUAAACCCAGAAAACUUACCGAGGGCCAGUACCGUGGCUUUGACUAAAGAAUAUUCCUUUCUGCGCACGAGUGUCCCUCGGGGGCCUAAGGUGGGCAGCCUGGGGCUUCCGGCACAUCCUAAGGAGAAGAAAAAUUCCAAAUCAAGCAAAAUCCGGUCUCUGGCUGAUUACAGAACUGAAGAUUCAAAUGCUGGGAAUUCUGGGGGAAAUGUGCCGGCUCCCGAUUCUACCAAGGGUUCCCUGAAGCAGAACAGAAGCAGCGCAGCGUCUGUUGUGUCUGAGAUUAGCUUGUCUCCUGACACUGACGACCGUCUGGAGAACGCCUCCCUGACUGGAGACAGCGUGUCUGAGGCAGAUGGAAAUGAUAGCGACAGUUCUUCACAUAGCAGCGUCUCCACCCGAGGGACCUACGGCGUUCUGUUGAAGACGGCAGGCACACAGGACGCCUCCUAUGUGGUUAACGGCCAGGAGGUUGCUACGGAUACCCUGGGCCAGUUCCCCUCCAUUAAGGAUGUCCUCCAGGCCGCAGCUGCUGAGCACCAAGACCAGGGGCAGGAGGUCAACGGGGAGGUGCACAGCCGCAGAGACAGCUUCUGCAGCAGCGUGUCUUUGGAGAGCUCUGCUGCAGAGACGCAGGAUGAGAUGCUGCAGGUGCUCAAAGAGAAAAUGAGGCUGGAAGGACAGCUGGAAGCCUUGUCACUGGAGGCGAGUCAGGCACUUAAAGAGAAGGCUGAGCUGCAGGCCCAGCUGGCCGCCCUCAGCACGAAGCUGCAGGCACAGGUGGAGUGCAGCCACAGCAGCCAGCAGCGGCAGGACUCGCUCAGCUCAGAGGUGGACACCUUGAAGCAGUCGUGCUGGGACCUGGAGCGAGCCAUGACCGACCUGCAGAACAUGCUGGAGGCCAAAAAUGCCAGCCUGGCGUCGUCCAACAGCGACUUGCAGGUGGCAGAGGAGCAGUACCAGAGGCUCAUGGCCAAAGUGGAGGACAUGCAGAGGAGCAUGCUCAGCAAAGACAACACAGUGCACGACCUGCGACAGCAGAUGACAGCCUUGCAGAGCCAGCUGCAGCAGGUGCAGCUGGAGCGUGCGACGCUGACCAGCAAGCUGAAGGCGUCGCAGUCAGAAAUCUCGUCCCUGCAGAGUGUCCGGCAGUGGUACCAGCAGCAGCUCGCCCUGGCGCAGGAGGCCCGCGUCAGGCUACAGGGCGAGAUGGCCCACAUCCAGGUUGGACAGAUGACCCAGGCAGGCCUCCUGGAGCACCUGAAACUCGAGAAUGUGUCCCUAUCCCAGCAACUGACGGAAACUCAGCAUAGGUCCAUGAAGGAGAAGGGGCGCAUUGCAGCACAGCUGCAGGGCAUUGAGGCUGACAUGUUGGAUCAGGAAGCAGCCUUCAUGCAGAUUCAGGAGGCAAAGGCAAUGGUGGAGGAGGACCUCCAGAGGCGGCUGGAAGAGUUUGAAGGCGAGAGGGAGCGGCUGCAGAGGAUGGCGGACUCAGCGGCAUCCCUAGAGCAGCAGCUGGAGCAGGCAAGUCCCUGUGGCCCUUCAGGCUGGACCCAGGGCCCAGGCUCUCCCGAGCAUCCAGGUCCAUACACAGGGAGCCCCGGCGGUCCUCUGCUGUGGGGCCGCGUCAGCGCAGGAGGGAGUUGGGCUGUUGAUGAGUUCCCCUUCUGGAGACUUCAGUGUAACAUCUGUGCAGACACAUUCCCCUUUGGAGCUCUCAGUGUAAAGUCUGUAGAUGUGACCCCCUACUGGACCCCUCAGUGUAACUUCUCUGCAGACAUGUCCCCUCCUGGAGGCUUCAGUGUGGAACACCUGCAGCAGGAGACUGCCGCUCUGAAAAAGCAGACGCAAAAAAUAAAGGAACAGUUUAUUCAACAAAAGGUGAUGGUGGAGGCCUACCGGCGCGACGCCACCUCCAAAGACCAGCUCAUCAGUGAGCUGAAGGCCACCAGGAAGAGGUUGGACUCGGAGCUGAAGGAGCUGCGGCAGGAGCUAAUGCAUGUGCAGGGGGAGAAGCGGACCACAGAGGCGGAGCUCUCACGCCUGCACAGGGAGGCAUCCCAGGCCCGGCAGCAGAUAGCAGACCUCGAAGGGCAUCUCCAGGCCGCGCAGAAGGAGCGAGACGAGAUGGAGACACACAUGCAGUCUUUGCAGUUCGAUAAGGACCAGAUGGUCGCGGUCACAGAGGCCAAUGAGGCACUGAAGAAACAAAUUGAAGAGUUACAGCAAGAAGCGCGGAAGGCCAUCACGGAACAGAAGCAGAAGAUGAGGCGGCUGGGCUCAGACCUGACCAGCGCCCAGAAGGAGAUGAAGACCAAGCACAAGGCCUACGAGAGCGCCGUGGGCAUCCUCAGCCGCCGCCUGCAGGAGGCCCUUGCGGCCAAGGAGGCUGCAGAUGCGGAGCUGGGCCAGCUCCGAGCCCAGGGCGGCAGCACUGAGAGCAGCCCGGCUCUACAUGAGAGGAUCCAGGCCCUAGAGGCGGAGCUGCAGACUGUUGGCCACAGCAAGACACUGCUGGAGAAGGAGCUGCAGGAGGUCAUCGCGCUGACCAGCCAGGAGCUGGAGGAGUCCCGGGAGAAGGUGCUGGAGCUGGAGGAUGAGCUUCAAGAAUCCAGAGGCUUUAGGAAGAAGAUAAAACGCCUCGAAGAGUCAAACAAGAAGUUGGCUCUCGAAUUAGAGCACGAGAAAGGGAAGCUUACGGGCCUCGGACAGUCCAACGCAGCUCUGCGGGAACACAACAGUGUCUUAGAAACAGCUUUGGCCAAGAGGGAGGCGGACCUAGUGCAGCUAAACCUCCAGGUGCAGGCAGUUUUGCAGCGCAAAGAAGAGGAGGAUCGCCAGAUGAAGCAGCUGGUCCAGGCCCUGCAGGCCUCACUAGAGAAAGAGAAGGAGAAGGUGAACAGCCUUAAGGAGCAGGUGGCUGCUGCCAAGGUGGAAGCCGGGCACAACCGCCGCCACUUCAAGGCGGCCUCCUUGGAGCUGAGUGAGGUGAAGAAGGAGCUGCAGGCCAAGGAACACCUGGUGCAGAAGCUGCAGGCUGAGGCCGAUGGCCUUCAGAUUCAGGAGGGGAAACAUUCCCAGGAGAUAGCACAGUUCCAGGCAGAGCUGGCUGAGGCCCGGGCGCAGCUCCAGCUCCUACAGAAGCAGCUGGACGAGCAGCUCAACAAGCAGCCCGUGGGAAACCAAGAGAUGGAAGAUCUCAAAUGGGAGGUGGAUCAGAAAGAAAGAGAAAUCCGGUCCUUGACGCAGCAGCUGGACUUGGCGGAGCAGCAGGGCCGAAAGGAGCUGGAAGGGCUCCAGCAGCUGCUGCAGAAUGUCAAGUCUGAGCUGGAGCUGGCCCAGGAAGAUCUGUCCAUGACCCAGAAGGAUAAAUUUAUGCUCCAGGCAAAAGUGUCGGAGUUGAAGAACAACAUGAAGACCCUGCUCCAGCAAAACCAGCAGCUCAAGCUGGAUCUGCGCCGCAGCGCAGUAAAGACGAGGAAGGAGCCAAAAGGUGAGGCCAGCUCCUCCAGCCCCGCCACGCCCAUCAAGAUCCCCGACUGCCCGGUCCCGGCCUCACUGCUGGAGGAGCUGCUGCGGCCCCCGCCCGCCGUGAGCAAGGAGCCCCUCAAGAACCUGAACAGCUGCCUCCAGCAGCUUAAGCAGGAGAUGGACAGCCUGCAGCGCCAGAUGGAGGAGCACACCCUCACAGUGCACGAGUCCCUGUCCUCAUGGACCCAGGUGGAAGGCCGACUCGCGGAGCCCACCACUGCCAGCCCUGCACCCCCUGGGGAUCAUGCCAACCCCCGGGGUGACACUCAGAGGCACAGCCAGAGCAGGGUUUCCAAAGAAGGGCCGGGACAGUGACCGCCGCAGGCCUGCGUGUGCGCUGCGGCCCAGGAAUGCUCUUAGCAAUGUUAUUUAUUUGAUUGUGUGAUCCAUGUUUUUCUGAGAUGGAAUUUAACGAGGAGUAAAGUAUGUAACGGAUCGAGAGCUGAGGAUUAGAAACACACUCGAAGAUCACAAGUAGCUUUUCCCGUGGAAUGACCAAAUCUUCCAAGCCCGGAGGCAUUCGGGGAGGAGUUUCUACUGUGUCUGGAGGUUACUUGCCAAAGGGCCUGUCCGGUGCUGCUCUCUGCGUGGUGCCGCAGUCAGUGGCUGGGAGAAGCUCUGCGUGACAGGGUCUGUGGCACCAGCACCCGCCCACUUCCCUGUCCAUUCAGCGAGGGCUUCUCUGCAGACGAAACUUUAUUUGCAUCUUUGGCUUUUUACUUUCUUGGUUUUUUUGAUAGCCAUCCCACCACAGGAUGUGAACAUAGACACUGAAGAUCGUAACCCAGGCUUUUCUUUGAGACAAUGUUGCUCUGCCAUCAGGCUGGAGUGCAGUAGCACGGUCUCAGCUCACUGCAACCUCCAUCUCCCAGGUUCAAAUGAUUCUCCUGCUUCAGCCUCCUGAGUAGCUGGGAUUA